AUGAAGCACUUUCUCAUGCUUGCCGUUUUCGCAGGGCUUGCUCCUGCAGCUCCCCUUGAAGCACGACAAGCAGUGUUGAGGAAGCCCUUUAGACAGCCCGCAGCUCAGGCCCAGAGAGCACAGCUUUGCGGCACCGUUCCCGGAGACAUUAAAGCUCGAUCGGAAGAGUGCGUGGGCACCUUGGACUUUUGCAACAGAAGGCUCUUCGACGGUACGGCAGAGACCUUUCCCAGCCCUGAGGCGUGCCGAGCCUCCCGUGACCCGGCUCCGGGCGUCGCUCCAGGGAACCCUGCCAUCCCCGGUGGAGGCAUCCCGGUCCCGAUCCCAGCUCCAAUUGUCCCCACGGUCCCCAUUGGAGGUGUCCCGGUCCCCAUUGGAGGUGUCCCGGUCCCGAAUCAAGGCCGACGGCCAUUUAGGAAACCGGCGCUUGGUCUUCGCCGGAGGUUCAAGCUCUGUGGCAGAAAGGGAGACCGAAAGCGGAUAUCAGAGGCCUGUGUAGGCACGCGGGUAUAUUGCGACAGGAGAUUUUACGAAAUCACGAGGGAAUUCUUUGCUAGCCCGUCGGAUUGUCGACUCUCCCGACAAGUACUACCGUCGUCGGCUGGUAGGCUCCUCGCCGACGGUUUGCCAGAUGACACAGAGGACACGGCCCCUCCGGAGAAAGAGCUAAGUGUAGAGGAGAUGAAGGAAUUCGAAGAGACGCCGAAGGAAGACGCUGGUGACGACGAGGUAAAGGAAAUCAAAGCGGCGCUGGAGAAAACCCCAGAACUUGCAGAGGGAAUCCUAGAGCCUCCAAAGGAAAAUGAAGAGCCUCCAAAAGAAGCCCAAGAGCCACCAAAGGAGAACCCAGAGCCGCCAAAGGAAAAUCCGGAGCCUCCAAAGGAAACCCAAGAGACGCCAAAGGAAACCCCAGAGCCUCCCAAAGAAAACUCGGGGCCACAGAAGGAAUAG